AUGACAAAGUCGAAUCCAAUAAUUAUCGCGCUUUCAGGGCCAUCUUCAUCUGGGAAAACUACUAUAGCUAGUUCAUUGCAUAAUCUUUUCAAGGAUUCUAUUCUUAUUCACUUGGAUGAUUUCUAUCGUCCAGAAGAUCAAAUUCCAAUUGAUGAGAUAAAAAACGAACAAAAUUGGGACUGCCCGGAAGCAGUUGAUUUUGAGAAAUUCACUAGGUAUAUAGAAGACAUCAAGGAGAAUGGUAUCCCAAAUUCUUCCAAGCAUCAACCAGAAUCAUUAGAAGGAGAUGUUGAAUUGAAAUUAUCACUGGCUGAUAUCGACCAUUUUAAACAACAGAUUGACACGAAAUUAAAUACCAUCAGGGAAGAGCUGAAUGAGCCAAGAGAAAUUAUAUUUGUGGAGGGGUUUAUGUUGUAUCAUGAUCCAAAAAUAAUUUCACUUUUUGAUAUUAAAUUAUUCUAUUUCGCUUCGUUUAAAGUACUUAAAUCUAGAAGGGAAAGUAGAAAAUAUAAUACAGAUGUUGGAGUUUGGGUUGAUCCACCGCACUAUUUUCAAGAUAUAGUAUGGCCAGAGUAUGAAAAAUAUCAUAAAUACUUAUUUGAAAAUCAAGAUGUCAACCAUACGUUAAAUGAAUAUGCAAAGAAUGAGCUUGUUAUAACUUCUUACAAGAAUGACGAGAAACUGUCCUUAAGAGAAUUAGUAGAUUGGACCAUGAAUCAAAUACUACCACGAUUAUAG